AUGGCUCGUCGCAUCCUCUUUUUGAUUUUGACUGUAUUAAUUUUACCAUCUCCUACUUUGGAAUUUCUCUUUAAUGCCAAAGUUCUUUCACCAUCUUCCAAUGUACAUGUUGAUGUUGUCAACUAUGUCAAAGGAUCCAUUGAAUCACAUCAUGAACAAUUUCAUCAUUCCUGGCGUGAUUAUUCUAUACUGUUGCUUCUGGUAAUUGUCCUUGGCACAUGUUUCUUAAGUUGCUGUGGUAUUGGUAUUUAUUGUAUCUACCGUAAUCUACUUGUUCGUAUUCAAGAUACGUCUUCACCUAAUUUGAAAAACCCUUGUUCGGGACCUAUACGCAACCUUCCAUAA